UUCAGUUGAUCAACGUCGGCGCUGUCGGCUGGUUGAAAAACAGUCAAACGGAACUCGAAGCUGCACUCUCGGAAUACUCGCGUCUUUAAGAAAUAAUUAUUAAUAUAAAAAAAAAAAAAUACUCUAAAGCAUAUACAUUUGGGUGAAUAUUUUUUUUAACAUUUUUUUAGUGCAGUGAAACUGUUUUUUUUUUCUCCGCGUGACGAUCGCAAAUGUGUUUGUGUUUGUGAAGUUAUUGAAACCAAAUGCCAGUCUCGGCGAAACGCUUACUUCGGAAUUUUCAGUUCACCAGCUGCGAUCGGAAUGGCAAAAUGUUGAUUCACCUGCUGCUCAUCGUUUCGCUUCUGGAAGCAAUUGGCGCCUUUCAGCCGGAGUUCGUGGAGAGCAUUUCCAACGUGUCCGUGGCCGUCGGACGCGAUGCAACCUUCACGUGUCACGUCCGACACUUGGGCGGCUAUCGGGUGGGCUGGCUCAAGGCCGACACCAAGGCCAUUCAAGCCAUCCACGAGAACGUAAUCACGCACAAUCCUCGCGUCACGGUCAGUCACUUGGACCAGAACACGUGGAAUUUGCAUAUAAAGGCGGUUUCCGAGGAGGAUCGCGGCGGUUAUAUGUGCCAACUGAACACGGAUCCGAUGAAGAGUCAGAUUGGCUUCCUGGACGUCGUGAUUCCGCCGGACUUCAUCAGCGAGGACACCUCAUCCGAUGUGAUUGUGCCGGAGGGCAGUUCCGUGCGAUUGACAUGUCGGGCUCGCGGUUAUCCGGAACCGAUUGUCACCUGGCGCCGCGAAGAUGGCAACGAAAUUGUCCUGAAGGACAAUGUGGGCACUAAGACCCUAGCGCCCUCUUUUCGCGGCGAGGUGCUAAAGCUAUCAAAGAUCUCGAGGAACGAGAUGGGCUCCUAUCUGUGCAUCGCCUCCAACGGAGUACCGCCAUCGGUCUCAAAGCGCAUCUCCCUCAGCAUACACUUUCAUCCGGUCAUCCAAGUGCCGAAUCAAUUAGUCGGCGCACCACUUGGCACUGAUGUCCAAAUCGAGUGUCACGUCGAAGCCUCGCCCAAAUCAAUUAACUACUGGAUUAAGGACACGGGUGAGAUGAUUGUGACAUCGGGCAAGUAUCAUGUGCAGGAGAGCUCGCAGUCCAUGUACGAGACCAAAAUGUCAAUGAUAGUCAGGAAGUUUCAAAAGGAUGAUGUCGGAUCCUAUCGCUGCAUUGCCAAAAACUCACUCGGCGAAGUCGACAGCAGUAUCCGUUUAUACGAAAUCCCCGGACCGAAUCGUAAUAAAAAUCCGCUGAACGGCGGCGGAAAAGGAGGUGGAGCGGGCGGAAGCCUGGAUGCGGAUGCCAAUGACAUUUUGAAGCAGAAACAACAAGUCAAAGUCACUUAUCAGCCGGAGGACGAGGAGCUGCAGUACGGAUCCGUCGAGGAUUUCGAGGCGGAAGGCGGCGAGGGCGGGGGCCUGACGCCGUUAUCGCCGCACGUUUACUACACCAGCGGCAAUAAACCGGCCACACAUAAGCCGGGCAACUCCGGCGGCAAUCAGCAUCUACAUCAGCAGCACCACCAUCAUCACCACCACAACAACAACAACAACAACCAGCAACACAGUGGUGGGCCAGGUGGUGGCCCAACUGGCGGUGAUGCGGGUUCACUUGGUGGCGAAAUGGGAGGCAUCACCCGCAAGCCACCGCCAUAUUAUGGUGGCAAUACGGAAGUGCGAGGCCCCAUUGACAACAACGAAAUGAGCUCAGGCUCCGGAGACUCGCGAUUGUGUCGAGGUCACCACUUACCCAUUCUUCUCCUUCCAUUCGCGCGGCUCAUCCUGGUCAGGAGUUGGCACUGCCGACAUACGUUCUUAAUGGGCUUGUCGCAGGCUUGCCUGCCCGGACUUUUGCUCAGCCUCUUAUAAUACGCAGUCUAAUGGAACCACCAGUACAUUCGACAAGAGAAUCAACAACGCAUCACUGCAGCGAAGAAAGAAGUGGAUCGUAAGGAUCGUACUACAAGACAUUCAACGAGCACACACACUAUCAAGCGAAAAGCUAGUUGUAGUGUGUAACACUCAGUUUAAGGAUAUCAACACUCAUCAACACUUCAUCAACACACAUAUGCAUCCGAAACGAACACAUACAAUGGAGUUAAUUGAACGCAGUCUAAAAACUUCGACAACGAAACAUAACACACACAUUAAAAGGUUUGCAAUUCAUUAACGAUCAGAUAACACAAAUUAUAGUGUGAAGGUCCAAGGUUCUAACUAAUUCUAACAACAUUCUAACCGAUCGUUCAGCAACGACAUUUUCACACAGACAGUUUCUCAAUCGUAAUGAGAUCGCGUACAUAAAACAAACAUGUUGUAGUAGAAAAUGUUAAAUUGUUUAUAACGUAAGUGAAAAACAAAAAAAAACAGGGAUGGUAAUUUGGACGCAUCCAUAUUUAGUGAAUGUAUUUGACGCAAGAAUUUCUAGUGUUAUUGAGACAUUUUUAAGGGGGUUGCACGGUUAAUGAAUCACAGCUAGCCUAAGGUAAAAUGGUUCCCAAAAAGCAUUUACAGUGUACCGCGGGCACUGAAGAAAAAUCAGAUUGGGAAAUUUGGGUUUUUUUUUUUUUUUUAGAGCAGAAAUAUGAAAUGAGUUUUAUACCAAGAUGGCGCGAUAGGAGAGAAAUCACGCUUUGAAGUCCACAACUUUGAUUAUACUCAUUAUCAAUCAACCCUUUUUUCUAUGUUGAUUUUUCUCAUUUUGUAUUUGGUGACUGUCACACCUUCUUGCCAAUUUCCAAUUUCCCAAACCGAUUUACAAAACUCUUGAAAGGUCAAUUAAUAUAGAAAAGUAACACAGAACAAGAGGAACCCAAUUUCUUUUGAUUUAUGCUACUUCCAACUGCCUUUUGUUGAUUUGUACAACUUUGAUUGACACUUGUGAGGUUCCGCGAACAGGGUGUGAGUUUAUGAUAAAUAGACCCAGAACUUUUUUCUAAUUUAUUUUUUUUUUUGUCAGCAGAUUUGUUAAUUGUGUUGCUGCUGUACCUUAAAAUAUAAAGACAUUUCUUAUUUUGAUGCAAAUGUUUUACACACAAACUGUGAUGCCCUUUAACCCCAUCAUGCACAGCUUGUAACCCCUUCUUACCAACUAUUUCUUGGUGUUUGCCAAAAGUUUUUCUUUCCUUUUGCUUUAUUUCCCAAGUCUUUGCAGAGGAGUGUUUUUUUCUUUAUUUAUUUUAUUUUAUUUUUUUUUUUUUUUGUGGCAACGUCUUGUCUUUGCAGCUGAGUAUGUGUGUGUUUAUGCGUGCUAUGUAUGUGUGUGUGUGUGUGUUUUUUUUUUCAAAUGUGUGUGUGGCAGCUGUGGGGCACAAGUUGUGGACACAGAAAACUCUCGGCUCCCAUCUGCGUUGCAUUUGCUUUUGAUGAAUUACUUGCAUGUCAGUUAACCACACACACAUCACACUCACACAGCUACGUUUUUAAUGAAAUGAAAACUUUUUGGCAAAGUGAAUUUCAUUGUAAGCAUCCCCAAACCUCGAGACCCCCAAAAACCCAAAACAAUCCGCUGCCAGAACUUAAAACUAAAAUAUAAUACAAAAAAAAAAAAAAAAAACAAAGGGGCAGCUACAAAUAUACGAAACCGCCAAAAGCUGCCACUGAUGAUGAUGAUAAUAAGAUGCUGACAACCGCAGCAACAGCUAAAUGAACAUCGGCAGCCAAAAGGCGGCAAGAACCCAAAUAAACAUGUCGCCAAAGCCGAACCAAAAUGUGGGAGUGUCUUAGUUACGUUGCUACAAAAUUACACGGAAACCCAUGAAAAGGGAAGCCAAGCAGCAACGGACAACAUCGAGAACUAGUCAACCGGCAGCAACACUUUUCCUGAAGUUGCAACUUGCUGUUUCUACUGCUGCUACUGCUGCUGUUGUUGCUGUUGCUACCAUUGUCCAUUGAUGAUAUUGUUGCUGCUCGUGUUUAUGUUUGUCGGCCUUCUCAUGUUGCUACAGGAAAAGCUCUUCCAUGCUAACGCCCACGUUGGGCGCCAGAUGUGACGAACGGUUUUCCUGCGCUCUGCUCGCUUCGAAUUGCAUCGGCUAGCUUAGAGAGUUUGUUUGUUCGGCCCGCUCGGGUAAAAGGUCCAACAAAUGUCUGAGCAGGCUCCUCCUAACUCUUCAAGAAAUCACCAGACAUUCGCUGGAUUUCCCCUGGAAAGGUCGCAGAAAACAUCAUAGUUUGAUGCUGUGGACGCAUGAGUUCCGAGAAGCACAUGGCGAUCGGCCUCGUUUUGAUGCUUGAUAGCGCGACUCGCGCCCUUGAUUCUUCCGAUCCUUCCGACUAUCCUCAGUUAUGUUUAAAAACUGAUUUAAUAUUUUAAAAUUAAAAUUUAAAAUCCAACAUUUUGUUUAGGAAUGCAAAAACAUACGGCUUGCAAACGUAAGUUGCAUACUCUUUAUGGUCUUCUGAUAUUUAGAGCUUCAAUUGAACUACUUGAACCAUGUAGCCUUGAAAAUCAACAUAAAAUCCAUUUUUAGCGUUGCCACACUGACUAAUUUUAGGUAUGGUGUUGCUGCGGGGUUGUUGCAACUGCUACCAAAGUUGCGGCUGUUCGUUUCACUCGGGAAGUUGCUUCUGCAGCAGCUUCUUUUGUUGUUAUCCCUGAUGAUGCUGCUGCUGCUGUUGCCACAUUUGAUGCUAUUAAAAUAGCGCAUCCUUUGUUGUCCUUUGUUGCGUUGCGUAAAUAGCACAACAAAUAUACAAAUACACAGCAGCAAUAAUACCAGACAAUCAUGCACAAAAGGACAAUCACAGCGUGAGAAAUUAUGGUGAAUUCGAUUUAGUUUAACUGCUAUUGUAGAUUUUACCAAAUAUUUUUCAAACAUUUUGACUGUCGUUGCACGGCAACUCAGAUUUAUUGUACUAUAUAGUACUUGUAAUAUUUUAUCCCCUUUUUUUCCAGUGUACGUGUGCAUUUCGGUGCUUAUGAUUGUUGUGGAGCCACAGUUUGAGUUGUUUUUUGGGGCUUUCCGCGACACUUGUAAUCAAGUUUUCCUGCGCACAAUGGUGUGUGUGUGCGUGUGAGUCCUGCCGUCUCUGUCAAUCCAAGUGUUCUCUUCCUUCGUGGGCGGGGAAAGCAGCAUGUUGAGUGGGCGUGGCGGGAGGAGAAGCGCUUAAUUGCUCUAUUUGAUGCCGUCAAAUUGUAUUUUAAUUUCGCAUUUCCCUUUUUAUCAUUCCUUGCUGUUGUGACUGCUGUUCUUAAGUUGGUUUUGUUUUUGGAAAAGAAAAUGGGUUUUAAUAUGCGACGUGGAAUCGCUCAAGUGCGUCUCUGCGAAUUUUUCUUAAACAAAAAAAUUGUUUCAUAACAAUUAUUUUCCUUCAAUGAUUUUCAAUGAUUUUCCGAGUCAUGCUCUACUUUAAUAAUAAUUCGUAGGCACCUUCCUAGGCCAACCUUAUUAUCAUGACUUAUAACUGGCUUCGGCAAAAUUUUUUGGUGUCCAUUCCUUUGGCGUUCAUUUUUUUUUUCAACCGCCUUUGGUUUACUGCGGCUUAUUGUGUUAUGCAGUGUGGCGAACUUGUAUCUAUUUAAAUUUUGUGUGUGGCAACAUGUUUAUUUUAUAACCCCAAGGCAAGUGGAAAAUUCAGGGGGAGUUUGGGAGUUUGCUUCAUGUUUGACGGAAGUUUAAUUGAAUACACCGCUUACUUGAUGGUGGCUGGGGAUUGGGGCGUGGCAGGGGUAGGGGAAAAUGUACUUGUGUGCGUGUGUUGGCCGCAAAACAUUUUCCGCAUUUUCCGGGAAAAGACAGGACAGCAGCUCGCUAAAACAAAUGGCAAUCAAGUUGAAUUGUUACACACACAUAAAGGGGCGUUGAAAGGCGGGGGCAUGGAUGAUACGUUGCGAAAAGUAAAAGGAAAAUAUAUACAGCGAAAAUAUGAGCAACAUAAGUGCGGAGUCUGUCAGCCGCUGGCUGAAAUUUACUCAACAUUUUUGAUUUAAUAAUGAAAUGAGUGUCGGCUUGAAUAUUCCUUUAAGUGUAUAUGUAUUAUGCUGAGGGUGUGAGUAUGUGUUUGGUGCGCAGCCUGUGAGUGUGAGUGUAUGCACUCUUGUAUCCCGGUAAAUGGCUUCGCUUUUUUUUUUUAAUUAAUUCAUUGAUCUCUUCUCACAAGGUUGGUUCUCAGUUUGGUAUAAAAAUAUUUAUUUGCCGAUAACAUUUUCCACUGAUCCAGUUGGUUUACUUGCCUAUUCAAUACGUUUCUUUGUUUGUUGCAUCACGUUUUUAGACACACCCCCCCCCCUUUUCUACGUGUUUUGGCUAAAGCCAAUAGCCCAGCUUGAACCAAAUUUUUGGCUUGCAGCCGUAUCUUUUCAUCAGUUUGUGAUGACUGCCGGGCGGCCGAGCAAGAAAUAAAAUUAAACAAAUACGAGAUAACAAGCCACUCCAGCAGCAGAAAUUCAAUUACAGCUGCUUCAGGUUGCUGGUUGCAACUAGCAAGUUGCAUGUUGCUCGUAUGUGUGAGCAGCACUCGAAGAACGCAGGACGAUGGACUGAGUUCUCAGCAGUACUUCUCAGCGCUCGGUACUCGGGCCUUUAGGACACUUGACACUGGGCCCCUCUGGCCACAUGCUCGAAUUGAUUUAAUUGAAAUUUUAUUCGAGUCCUGCUCGGAGACCCAUUGUGCAACAGUUGUCCUGCUGCAGUAUCCUUUGUGCAUUUGUUGCAUUUUAAUUAAGAGCUGCUUUGUACUGUCGCUGGAACAAUAAAACCAAAUCUAGCCACAACGUCUAAGCAACCCCCUGCGCGUAUAUAUAUAUAUAUAUAGAAAUUUAGGUGGUCAUACCGUUAUGCUCCGAAUAAUAGUAAUGCCCUAAAUAUAUUGGUUCAGUUUUUCUGAAAACGCUAUCAGUUCUGUAGAGUAUUGAAAAUACUUUCUACAGUUUAUUUGUAAAGUAAAUCGUUUUUUUUUUUUUUUUUGAUCAAUCAUUUUUCAAAAUAAAUAAUAAAAAAAACACCCCGCGCAAAAGAAGAAUUUAAUUAAAAAUGUUUCUUUUAAAAAUGCACUAGAAACCCUUUGAUUUUGAUCACAGCAGCAGAUGACCAGUUCUUUUGGUUUAUGUAUAAAGCAAAUGCUAAAUUCGUUUUGGAACUUUGUUAAUUAGGGCUUACAUUUAAUGCAAAUCAUAGUUAUUAAAAUGGACUCUACAAGAAUCGGAGCCAUUAAAGGUUGUUCAUAUGCUAAGCGGGAUAUAUCUCCCUUUAUGGUACUGUACUUAUAUCAAAAAAAAAAAUCGAAUUACACAAUAACAUUAUGUGCCAUUAUAAGCAGAACUAAAUGCUGAACGAAAAUAAAUAAGAUAAACUAGAGGAAAUGUUAUAGAAUCCUGGAAUCUUUCGACUUUUCACAUUAUGUAUAUAGUUUUGUUGUGGCUAAAAUCCAUUUAAAUGUGUAACAAAUAAUUUUUCAUUUCGUUGCUCUUAAAUAACUAUUAGAUUUUAAGCCUAAAAUUGUAUAUAAGACAUGAUAAAGAAAAGUUAAAGCUAAAAAAAAAAAACUGUAUAUAGUCAACGAGGAUAAACUGUAAUGUGUAUUUAGGAUGGAUUUAAGAAUCAAUCAAUGACGUUCACACAAAACAAAAAAAAAACUGAAGCUUAAUCAAAGUUCUCUUGAUAAUCUCACUGAAAAAUUUGAGAGCCGC